UUAAAAACCGAGGAAGCGAAGGCAUUGGAUGGUCUUUGUACACGGUACACUCAUCUAUUCAAAUAUUUACUUUUAACAAACCCUUUUUAAGUUUACUGCUCCCUUUAUCUUGUGGAAAAGCUACAUCCAUACUGCAAAAUGGACUUCCGGUCAAUGUCCUGAAAGGCAUUUCCGCCGAAGUGUGAAUGUAAACAAUGAGCGCUUUCCUCUGGAUCACUACAAGAUAACCUGGGAAUCAUCAGACAGUGCGACAACAUUAAACCUGGUUACAUAAGGUUCAAGGCUCAGCCAAUGAAGAUGUCCAAAAUUGAACGUCUGAAUGCCCGAGUGGAGAAGCUGCUGUGUGAAGCUGUGAAGGAGGUUCUUGAGGCAGUGAAGGACACUGUAUCAGAGUAUCAGGAGAAAACUGCCAGAACACAGAGAGAGAACCAGAGUCUGAAGAGGAAGUUGCAGGGGCUCCAGGAGAAGUUACAACUGGAAAGCAAUGGAACAGUGCCACAACUGCCCCAUUUGCGUCUGAUCGAGCAGAGACAGAAAGAGCAGUUGGGAGAGGACAUUGAACUCAUCACCUCUGAUGAGGACAUCGCUGUAAUCUGUCCUUCGUAUUCCUUCGAAGACCCUGACCGUGAAGCAUCCAUCACACCGUUUGCUGCCCCAUGUCUUACCCCUGGAGCCAAGACACAAACUGAUUUAGGUGGUGAUGACCUGAACAAUUUAAGAGCUCUUCGUACAGAAACUGAUAAUAGACUGGACAUUUCGAACCCUGUAGAUCUUAUUGAUGUGGACACCCUCCCUGAAAACAGACAGAAAAUAAAAAUAGAGCCUACAUCGGAUGAAGACGGCAUACACACCACAAAUUAUUUUUAUGAUGAUGCAAGUACAAGCGCUGCAUCCUCACAAAGACUAAAUUCAGAACAUCCUCAAGGCCAUUCAGUCUUCAGUUUGGAGAAAAAUGGCACAGAAGAGCCACCAUCCCAAAUAAACAACAACGCAAACCGUUUCAGUACAAAAGAACAACACACCAAUCACACAAAAGCAGGGGCUUCAUGCUCAAGAGUGUCCCAGAGAAAUGUCAGGAAUCCUUACUGCUGCUUGCUCUGUGGCCGCACGUUCAGACACGCAGGUGACUACAAGAAACACAACAGGGUUCACACGGGGGAGAAGCCGUACUGCUGCUCGGUGUGCGGGAAAUGCUUUAGUCAGUCCGGCUACCUGACCGUGCAUCUGCGCUACCACACAGGAGAGAAGCCAUUUGCCUGCAGUCUCUGUGGCAAAAGUUUUAGUCACUCUAGUAACCUGAAGAAACACCAGCAAACUCAUCUGUGAGGCUUCUAUUGCCAGUCUUUCUUUAAACAUAGGUUAUGGAAAUUGAGAGCUGGACAAUGAAAAAGGCUGCAUCUCAGUUAGCUACAGAAAUGAUAGAAAAUGAGAGUCCUUGAUUCCCAAAGUUAAAGGUAUGGUCACUCUGUGGUGAGAUAAUAAGCAGAUUGCCAUCUUACUGUCUUUAGAAAGUGUUGCAAUUUCAAGAAUGUUACAUGGAAAAAUAUGUAUGCCUCCUUUACAAAGAUAUAAAGCUUAUUGUAGUACAGUAGGCCUGUAUGCCAAUUUUUGAAGUAUCAAGCGCCCUUUCUUAUUUCCUACAAUUCCUGCCAUACUACUUUUUGUCCAAUUUCCAAAUCAAAUGAAAGUGUGGUUCUUCUUGUUUAAGUCUUGUGUAUUGCCAACCAAAUGACAUUUUAAUAAUCAAAAAAAUAUGAAUCUCUCAAGUAAAACCAAACAUUGUUAACCUAAAAACUAGAUUUUGCAUGCUAGCAAGUUACUGAUGUUUAUUCAGUCCUACUACUGUAAUAUAAUUUACAGUUUACAUUGCUCUACUUCAACAAGUUGUUCUCAGGUUGUGUUGUGAUGUAGGAGUACCUUUAUAGACGUUUUACUCUUUUAUU